UAGAGAUAUAAACAUAUAUAUAGAAGAAAUCAUUCGCAGAAAAUUAAACCACAUCUACCAAAUAUCACGAUCUAGAAUUUUAUUUACAUAAAAUAUAUACAUGGCCAGAUUAUUGAGCUCUUAUUAUUUUCUUGCAUUUUUAAUAAUCUCCAUCAUUCUUAUCUUUUCUCCAUCAUCUCUUCUCUCGCAGUCCGACUCCUCCGCCAAUGAUCUGCUGUCUAGGGUAUACAGCACAUGUAAUCCGGCCAAGUACACCGCCGGCUCGCCCUUCGAGUCGAACCUCAACUCACUCUUCGCUUCCCUAGUCAACUCAGCCGCCAUCUCGUCCUACAACAACUUCACCGCGGCGGGGCCCGUCAACGGCGGCGCCCCAGGGGCUGGUGCCACCGCCUACGGCCUCUACCAAUGCCGCGGCGAUUUAUCACUGCCGGACUGCGCCACUUGCGUGUCCGGCGUUGUGAAACAGUUCGCUGGAAUCUGCCCCCAGAUGACCGGAGGGGUCCUACAGGUGGUCGGGUGUCUUGCCAUGUACGACGCCGUUAACUUCAUCGGCGUGCAAAACAAGACGGUGGCCCUUAGGGAAUGCGGAAGGCCCGACGCGGCGGUGGCGAACACCGUCGAUGCUGUUCUGAAGGGCCUGAGUGGGCCCGCCGGGGUGAGUAAGUUGAAUGCGGAUUAUGAGGCGAUUGGGAUGUCGCAGUGCGUGGGUGAUCUGAGCGUGGAAAUGUGUGAGGAUUGUUUGGGGGAGGCGAUCCAACAGCUGAGAACAACGUGCAGUGCGGCGGUUUCCGGCGAGAUGUUCUUGGGCAAAUGUUAUGCUAGGUACAUGAUUGGUCAAUCAAGGAAAGGGUGGAUGGCGCAAUUUACGUCAUUGUUCACAAACUGGAGCACAGAAUCUCAUAGUGAUCAUGUGAAAGCAUUGAUCAUCGUCGGAUGCAUACUCGCAUUUGUGCUGCUGCUGCUGCUCAUAUUACUGUGUUUGUGCAGACGCAAAACAAGGAAUGAUAAACCACAAUCACCAAAGGGUCCAAAAAUUGAUCCAAACGGGGGCGGCUUAUAUUAUCCACAGAGGGUCCCUCCGACCGCUGGCAACCCGCCCGUACGUGUGGAUCAGGUCUAAAUUGGCAACCUUGAGAAAAGUUAUUGCAUGAUUGGUUUUUUUAAGGAUGCAUAUAUUAAUUCUUCCAAAAAAAAGGAUGCAUAUUAAUUAAUCUUAGCUUAUUUGCGUUUAUGUUCUUCUUUUAAUUGUAAACUGUUUUUGUUCAUAAUUCAUAUGUAUUAUGGGGAAGAAACUACGUGUUGCGGGGAUAGGAAGGGCCAGAAGGCCUAACAUAAUGUGAUAAUGAAGAUGGA